AUGCCUGCAUUCUCACGCUUGGCUGUAGCUCUUCAGCUCUCAACUGUUUUCCUGUCGCCUGUACUCGGUGCUGCCGCUGGUCAGCAAUAUGACUAUGUAAUCGUAGGGGGUGGCGUCACUGGGUUGGUCGUUGCCAACCGUCUCAGCGAAGACAAAAGCAAGACUGUUCUAGUCAUCGAGGCAGGUGACAAUGUCGAUACCGACGGAACCAGGAUUCCAUACAAGGCCAAUGACUUGACUGCAGCGGCCGGGCUGUAUUGGGAUGGCAUCAAAUCGCUGCCUGAGCCAGCUAUUGGCAACGGCUCCUUCGAUGUAUUCGUCGCCAAGGUCCUCGGUGGCGGUUCAGUUGUCAACGGCAUGAUCUACGACCGCGGCUCAGCUGGUGACUACGAUUGCUGGGCGGCUCUUGGUAACGAUGAUUGGGACUGGAAAGGCCUGUUACCCUAUUUCAUCAAAGGCACUACUUUACAACCACCUACGCCUGAGGCCGCAAAGAAAUUCAACAUUACAUGGGAUGAAUCUGUGUACGGCAACGGCCCUCUCCCAGUCUCAAUCACCUCCAACCAGUACAAGGAUAUCACGUCAUACUUCGCGGCAUGGAAGGCAAGCGGUGUCCAUGUCCCACAGGAUGGCAAUAACGGAGAGGCCAUUGGUCCUUCCUGGUUUCCCAACACUAUGGAUGUAAAAACCGGACGUCGAGCUCACGCCGUUUACGCAUAUUACGAUACCAUCAAAGCGACGCGUCCCAACCUGCACAUCAUCACUGGUACAACUGUGAACAAGAUCAACUUCGACACAUCAUGCAAGACUCCAAAGGCUAUCGGUGUCGAGACCACUGACAAGACGGGCAAGUGCCAAAUCUUCAAUGCCAAGAAGGAGGUUGUACUUGCGGCUGGAACGAUUGCGACACCGAAGCUGCUCCAACUCAGCGGUGUUGGACCCGAGUCUGUCAUGAAGCCUGCAGGUAUUCGUACCGUGGUUGCACUCGAUGCUGUAGGUACUAAUUUCCAGGACCACCCCUACGCUACCCUGAUUUUCAACACAACCAACCAAUUCUUCCCCGACCAGAAUUCGCUAGCUACCAACGCCACUUUCAAUGCGACUGCAUGGAAACAGUACCAGGAGACCAAGACUGGACCCUACACAUAUGCCCGCGGCAAUUCGCUUGCCUUUGUCCCUCUGCCCGACAUGACCAACGACACGGAGUCUCUGACAAAGUCUUUGAACAGCCAGAGGUCGACCGAUUACCUUCCAAAUAUCUACAAGAUCAACAAGAAGCUUACCAGGGGCUUUGCAAAGCAAGCCAAGUUUAUUGCUGAGUCGUUUGGUCGCAAGGACAUUGCUGCCGCUGAGCUGACUUGUGCUGCUGAUGGCACCUAUGUCCUAGCUGCUGUAGAGAAGCCCCUGUCCCGCGGUACUGUGCACAUCAACCCCAAGAACCCUAGAGGGCCACCCAUUGUCACAUACAACGCACUCAUGAAUCCAAUCGAUCGCCGGGUCUUAUUUACCAGUGUGCGAUUCUUCCGCACCAUCUGGGCUAGUCCCCUACUCGCCCGCUACAAGAUCACGGAGAAGGUUCCUGGCGCCCAGUUCAAAACCGAUGAAGAGCUUUACACCGCUCUCAUUAAGCAAAAGAUGUUGGCGCCCUCUCUUGCUCACCCAUGUGGCUCAUGCCCCAUGAUGCCUAGGGAGGAUGGUGGCUGUGUCAGCGACAAGCUGUUGGUCUAUGGCACUCAGCAUCUAUCUAUCGUUGAUGCUUCCAUCAUUCCCAUCAUCCCUGGCGCCCAUACGCAAGCUACUGCGUACGCUAUCGCCGAGAAGGCUGCAGACAUUAUCAAGGCCAGGUAG